CCUGCGCGGGGCGGGCGGAGCGCCGGCUCCGGGAGCGCGGGGGGGCGAGCGGCGGCACCGACACCGGCACCGACACCGAUCACCGGCACCUCACCGGGGCUCGCAGCCUUCGCCGGGCGGGAGCAGGACGAGGAGAAGCGGCAGGAGGAGGCGGAGGCGGAGAGAAAGCGGUCGCGGUCGCGGGUGCCGCCGCGGGGAGCGGAGCGAGCGCGGGGCGGCGGCGGCGGCUCCUCCAUCAUGUCGUCGGGCGGGGACUUCGGGAACCCGCUGCGGAAAUUCAAGCUGGUGUUCCUGGGCGAGCAGAGCGUGGGGAAGACUUCCUUGAUCACCAGGUUCAUGUAUGACAGCUUUGACAACACCUACCAGGCAACAAUUGGCAUUGACUUCUUAUCGAAAACCAUGUACUUGGAGGAUCGAACAGUACGGUUGCAAUUAUGGGACACAGCAGGUCAAGAGCGGUUCAGGAGCUUGAUUCCUAGCUACAUUCGUGACUCCACUGUUGCAGUUGUUGUUUAUGAUAUCACAAAUGUAAACUCCUUCCAGCAAACCACAAAGUGGAUCGACGACGUCAGAACGGAACGGGGCAGCGAUGUCAUCAUCAUGCUGGUGGGGAAUAAAACAGAUCUAGCAGAUAAGAGACAAGUGUCCAUUGAGGAAGGAGAAAGGAAAGCCAAAGAGUUGAAUGUAAUGUUCAUUGAAACUAGUGCAAAAGCAGGAUACAAUGUAAAACAGCUUUUCCGACGCGUGGCAGCUGCCUUGCCCGGGAUGGAAAGCACACAAGACAAAAGUAGAGAAGACAUGAUUGACAUAAAACUGGAAAAGCCUCAAGAGCAGCCUGUCAGUGAAGGAGGCUGUUCCUGCUAAUACCAUGUGGCUUCCACCUUUCUCCAGAACAUCACUGCUUUCCUUCCCUGUCCUCUUCAUUGACUGCAGUGUGAAUAUUGGCUUGAACCUUCCCCUUUCUGUAAUAACGUAUCGCAGUUCAUCAUCGCUGGCUGUCUCGUGGAGAUGAUCUUUAGCUUCACAAGCACACCCCACACACACACACCAACAAAAUGUCAGUGUCUUCAUUAUUUAUAAGAAAAGAAAAAAAAAAAAGCCAAAAUAUUCCACCGUAUUCUAGGUAUAACUUUAAAAAAAAACAAAAGCAAAAAAAAAAAACACAAGAAGAAGAAAA